AUGGCUGGAUUGUCAGUAUAUUUAAUGGGAGCAAUUUCUGAUGUGCUGGUGGACCUGCGGAAUGAAUGGGCAGUGCAGAGUCUGGUCCUUUUCAGCUUCUCACUGCAGGUUUUCCUGCUCAUGUUCGCUUGGACCCGUCGGAAGAAUGUGGCGACGUUGACAAGGUUACUCCUUUGGCUGGCGUAUCAGCUUGCCGACUCCACAGCCUUGUUCACCCUGGGUCAUAUGGCCAUCAGAGCUCGGUCGCCAGAUGAGCAGCAGCUCAUGGCGUUCUGGGCGCCGUUCCUGCUGGUGCAUCUGGGUGGCCAGGACACCAUCACCGCCUACUCCUUCGAGGACAACGGGCUCUGGCUGCGCCACCUGCAGACUCUCGUCGUGCAGUUCCUAGGUGCGGCCUACGUCCUGUACAAGUACAUCCCAGGCAGUGAGAGGUUGAUCCGGGUGGCGUCCAUCCUCAUGUUCAUCGUGGGUGGUCUCAAGUAUGGGGAGAGGAUCUGGGCACUCCGGAGUGCCAGCAUGGACAGCAUCUGGAGCUCUCUCGACAAUGACAAGUCGGACACGAGUGCCCGCAGGAGCGAAAGCCGCAAGAUUCUCCUGGAGUUGGUGGAUAAGAGGUGGAACCCCCUGGAUGACGAGGACAUCCUGAUGGCAUCACAUGGCCUGCUCGACGUUUGCAAGGGAAUAUUCAUCGGCUCGCAACGAGAACGAGGUGGAGCUGCAGACUGCAUAGAACGCGUCAUGUGGCGCUGCCGGCAGGAACAUCGCCUGGACAUGCUGAUGGAGAUGGAGCUGUCACUGAUGUAUGAUAUCAUGUACACCAAGGCAGCCGUGAUCCACAGCUGGUGGGGUUGCUGCAUCCGCGUGAUCUCGCCGGUCGCCACGGCCAUUGCGUUCCUGCUGUUCCGGAUCACCAGCAAAGGUGGUCACAAGGAGAAGGAUGUCGUCAUCACCUAUGUCUUGCUGGCUGGGGCCUUGCUCCUGGAGACAGCCUCACUGGUCAGGGCGGCAGGGUCGACCUGGACAGCUGCAUUCCUGCAUGCCAAGAAAUGGUGCCAUCUUUACGAGUUUCAGGAUUUCCGCGUCUUCCUAAGGGCUGCAAGCUACAGAAGGUGGUCCGGCACUGUAGGGCAGUACAGUCUGCUGCAGUCCUGGGGCCACGACAUGGCGAAGCCAACCGGCAGCCGAAUGGCAGGGCGGAUGGGGUUGGAGCGCUGGUGGUACCAGUUGUGCCACUCGCGGUCCGACCAGAUCUCAGGCACUACCAAGGAGCUGAUACUGAAAGAGAUAUUCGAGAUGGGCCCUGAUCGCCGCAACGUGAGCUCUCGGCCAGGUUUCCUCGCGCUGCAGCAACACCACCUUCAUACAGAGUUUGGCUGGAGCGUCGAGGAGUCCGAUAUUGAGGGCAGCAUCAUCGCCUGGCAUGUCGCCACAGAUCUGUAUUACCGUGACGCUGACAACAAAGUGGAAGACAUGCUGCAGGCGAGCCUGGAGCUCUCCAGAUACAUGAUGUUCCUCUUUGUGAAGGCAUACACCGAGGCCUGGGACAAGGAACAGGGGGCCAAGGCCAUCACGGAGAAACACCGGCUUGACUGGGUUCUGCGCACCUUCAGGAAGAGCUUCAAGAAAGUACCUCUGAGCCGCCAACAGGUCCGUUUCAUGGAUUCUUUCCUGCCUACUGAGUUUCCCCCAGCAGGUGAUAAUCCUGCGGUAGGAGGAUUUGUCAUUGCCCAAGAGCUCCGCAACCGUCCUGAAGGGCUGAAGGUGAUCUUUGGCGUGUGGGUGGAGAUGCUCUGCUUUGUUGCUAACCAUUGCAGCAGGGAGUCCCAUGCCAGGCAACUCAGCUGUGGUGGCGAACUCGUCACCAUCGCGUGGCUUAUGGCCAAACACGCCAACUUGCCGGCCGUCGCUGCUGCCACAGAAUACCGUCGUCAUACGGUGCCUAGGUGUAAGUACAUACGGCCUUGGUACCCUGACCACCCUGGCUCAAACUAG